AUGGAAUCAGAUCCUGUCAGUACUAACGAACCGUGCGACGUUCUUCUAAUGCAAUCAAUUAUACCUAUGAAUGUAAACGACGACGAACAUGAGACUAAAUCAGAUACUCUUGCACCAAUUGAACAAAUCGACUACUCGGUACCUGAACGACCAGAUGAACUGAACAACGAUACACCAUUCCAUGAAAAGCAGAUUCCAGAAUCCUCUAGUCAACAGGAAGACGGUCUCUCUGGAGGCAUAAAUAAGCCAGAUCAAACCCAUUCAUAUUUUCCUGAGGACGAUGAUUCGUCCACUUUACAGCAUAAAAACCUCAGACCUCGACGGUCUAUAAGAAAACGAUUUGUCGAGAUACAAGAGGACGAAUGGGAAAGGCUCUUGAGUGAUGAUGUCUCUCUUCAUGAGUAUGAUCUUAGUCAAUAUAUAGAUAUGGAAGGAGAAUCAAUUAAUACAUGGAUUGCUGUAGAACAAAUAUUGGGGAAUCGUAAAUUAAAAAGUUCAAAGAUUACGAAAGCGAUCAGUGAAGCUGUAAGGAGCUUUUCAUCCAACAACAAAGAAAUCGUUGAACAAGAAUAUUUUGUUAAAUUUAUUGAUCAGUCCUACUGGCAUUGUGCAUGGAUGAGUGGAGCAGUUCUUUUCACCCUUAACCCGAGUAAAAUACGUGCUUAUUUCAGGACUAAACAGAAUACCAGUAAUCAGAAGCUAAACCCGAAUAGCUCCAAAUUAAUUCCAAAUCAUGAAUGUAGCCAAAUAGAGAAUAGAGAUCAUGAUAUUGCCUCAAACUCUGGGUCUAAACUAACAACAUUGGUUUCUCAUUCGAGUGAAGAAGAGAGUGACGAUGAAGAUAAUUUAAGAAAAUGGAGUAAGGAUGCUGAGCUGGACGUUAAUGAGUGGAUUGCUAAUUAUCCGAAACGUGCUGGUUCACGUCGUCGCUAUCUUCUACGAUGGGGUGUCGAAAGUCACACACUUAUUCCUGAACGUGUUUUAGCUGUUGGGGAUUCAUUCACUCCUGAAAGGUUUAAAAAGGUUGAGGGAAUAGACAGCAAAGACAAAUCUAAUCGACCACCUAAUACAAUGAAGUGGCCAGAAUAUAGAGAAGUCCUUGUCAAGUGGUUGCAUUUGCCGUAUAUUCAUGCAACGUGGGAGACAGUUGAAUCAGAUAUAUUGAGUUUGAACUCUCAUGGAGUUGAUCAUAAAAGUAAAAAAAGUGCAUACAAAGUUCUUGAUCCUUGCGGACGCAAUUUAUUACCACGUCUAGUGAGGCGACAUAUCAUUAGGCUAGCUGAUAAAUAUUGCUCUCGUGUUGCGACCAUACUAUGUGAUGUAUACGGAAAUCAACUUACACCGGGAAGAAAGAAUAGAAGUACGGGAAAUUGGAAAUCAAAAUGGAUCGAUGAACAACCUUCUUAUUUGUCCCCAAUUCACCACAGAGUUCUUCAUCCUUAUCAAGUAGAAGGUGUGAGAUGGUUAUGGCAUGCAUAUCAUAAUAAUAUCAAUGCUAUUCUGGCAGAUGAAAUGGGCCUGGGCAAAACUGUACAAGUGAUAGCUUUACUAUAUUCACUGUGGAAGGAAGAGAAUGAUUAUGGACCAUUUAUCAUAAUGGCGCCUCUGUCCACGUUACAAAAUUGGGAGAGGGAAUUUUCGAUUUGGGCACCUGAUUUUUACAUCGUUGUUUACAGUGGCGACAAACAAGUUCGUGCAUUGCUUCGAGAAUAUGAAUUUCGUUUACGAAAUGCUGGAGGAAUACCUGCGUUCCAUGUACUGAUCACCAGUCAUGAAUUAGCUUGUAUUGAUCGUUCAUUUUUGAAGAGUUUUGAUUGGAGUGUUUUAGUUGUGGAUGAAGCUCACCGUCUGAAAAAUAAACAGUCUCGUUUUUUCAAAGAUACUAGUCAGUAUCAUACUAACUUUAAAAUCCUCUUAACUGGAACGCCAUUACAAAACAAUUUAGAAGAAUUAUUUCAUCUAUUAAAUUUUGUUGAACCGAAAAAAUUCACUGAUUUUCGAGCACUAAGUGAACAAUGGGCUGAAAUGCCAAAAGCUGAUCGUAUUAAACAUCUCCACGAUUUACUCAAGCAUCAUUUAUUAAGGCGAUUAAAGUGCGAUGUAAUCCAAGAUUUACCAAAGAAAACUGAAAUUAUUGUUCCAGUUGAUAUGACUUUACUUCAGAGACGUCUUUAUAAAUAUAUUCUAACAAAUAAUUAUGAGGAAUUACGAUGUGGAAAUCUAACGAAUAGUAUUAUGCAUUUGCAAAAGGUGUGUAAUCAUCCAUAUUUGAUGCAAGUUGGAGAUGCUAUUGCACCACGCUUAAACUCAAACGACGAAACAAAUGGGCCAUACGAACCUAGAGCUUUGGUACAAGUUAGCAGUAAAUUGGUUGUAUUAAUGGAAUUACUUCGUGGAUUGUUUGUUGAUGAUCAUCGAGUAUUGAUUUUUUCCCGCUUCACAAUGAUGUUGGAUUUAUUGGAAGAGGUUUUGACUAAUGCCAGGUAUAAAUAUGUUCGUAUUGAUGGUCGUGUGCGAGGUCCUUUAAGACAGGUUACUAUCGAUCGUUUCAAUGCUCCCAACUCGGAAUUCUUCGUUUUCCUUUUAUCUACUAGAGCGGGUGGAGAAGGAAUCAAUCUUGCUUCAGCUGAUACAGUCGUGCUGUAUGAUUCUGAUUGGAAUCCUCAGUGUGAUUUACAAGCGCUUUCUCGGGCUCAUCGAAUUGGUCAGUCUAGGCAUGUUGUUAUCUAUCGGUUCAUAACACGUCACAGUAUUGAAGAGAAAAUAUCUCAGGUGGCUAGGCGUAAACUUGCCCUUACUCAGUUAGUUGUCAAUCAAAAUCAGAAACGUCCAAAGGCACUGGGAACUUCGAUUCCCGCAUCAAGUCAAUAUGACUCGACUCAAGACAAUACCGCACCAAAAACAGACUCAAAUUUUGAUAACUCUAGAGUUAACCAAGAUUGCGUCUCCAGAUCUGAUCAAGAUACCAAUCUUGCAGAAUCAACACAAACACAAUCGAAUACUAAAUCAGUAAGCCGGCUAUCACGUUCAGAAAUGGAUGAACUAUUACGCUCAGGUGUAGAAGCUCUGUUUGCCACAGAUGAUCCUUACACUACGAAGGAUUUGUACGAUGCGGCUCGAGUAGAUGAGAUUGAAUCGAAAGAUACUUAUCAAAGAAUUGUAUAUGAUUCACAGGCUAUUUCCAAACUCCUGGAUCGUUCAAAAAUGAUGGCUGAUUCCGAAGAGAUUGUUCCAGCUUUUGACGAAUAUUUAAGUGCGUUCCGAGUAGCGCACUUUGACGAAAUAAACGCUGAGCCUGUGGAUUGUUUUGUAACAAAAGAUAAUGAAGAGCAGGUUAACAAAAUGGAGAUCAGUGAAAAAAUCCUGAAUCAGUCAGUCCAACCAUGGUUACUGAUGGAACAUAUGCUGAAUCUAUCGGUUGAAGCGACAAGCGAAUCCAGAAGAAACCAUCGAACCAUGCAUAACCAUAGUAUUAGAGACGUAGUAGGUGAUAAAUCUAGUGAUUUGAACAAUGAUGUUAUCAUCAGCAAAGAAUUACAACUAGAAAAGGAUGAUGAAAAUUCAACUGAUUCAUUUAUUAGUGAUAAAGAAAAACUGUUUGAUAGAACUAAAGCUGUACGUGAAGUGAUUAAGUUACGCUUGUCACGGCAAGAAAGACGUAAGGUUUUCAAUCUUUAUCAUGGAUUUGAGGAUGAAAAACUGGAAUUGUUAGUUGCUGAACUCCAAAACAAAUAUGGGAACUUGGGUCAUCAAAAACCAAAAGCUAGACCCUGUUCAUCUAAACCAAUGCCUGCCUCUGUCAAACGAGCUCGGUCAUCAAGAGUAACUUCUAAAAAACCAUAUCAUCGAAAUGCUUUUGAAAAGUCUAAUACUUAUCAUGUCACAGAUUUCGAAGAUUCUUUAGAAGAAUGCUCUAUGCCGGACAUUACUAGUGACGAUGAUCCCCCUUAUCUGCCGUCUGACGAAACUGAUUCAGUCGAACCAGUUAAAGAUUCACUAGCAUCAAGUCGUACUCGAAGGUCUAGCACUCAUACGUCUUUGCCAACUUCAGAAGCUAUUGUUGACAGCAGUGACAGUGAAGAGUUUCUUCUCUGGGAAUCAUCUGCUAAUGCAGUCAAUCCAGUUUGUUGGUAUCCCACAGCUGAUACUUAUGCCAAAUGGAGAGCACGAGUUUCCGAUCUUGGUCAGCAUAUCACAUGGCAUCGGGAUGAGUUAUUUAUAUAUAACUUUGGCCCUAAUGAUCGUCAGUUAUUCAACAAUGCAGUUAUGAGGUUCGGUCUUCCACCACCUGGUAUUGUCCCACCUCAAGACUGGCUUCCGCCAGCCUUAUAUUAUAAAUCUCAAUUUCAAUUGUUUGGUUACGUAUGUCUGUACAUGAAACAUUUAUACGAUGACCCGAAUGGAUUAGAUGAAUCUGAAGAAAGUUGGUCCGAUGGUUUACCUAAAGAACAUUUAUGUGUUCCUGCGGUGCUUUCACGUAUUGCAGUGAUGGCCUUGAUUAGAAAUAAAGUAUUACAAUAUGAAGAUGUAAAUGGACCGACAAGUAUUUCUACUGAUAUUCAAAGUCCCACUUUCAAAUUUGCUAUACACGAAGGUGGUUUAACGUUAUUACGUUCUGUGUGGAAUGAAGAAUGUGCAAAGAUCAGUAAUAUUUGUCAAACAAUUCAAUCUCAUUCAGAAAUAGCGAGAAAUUCAGAGUUAAUAAUAAAAACCCAGAGAAUAUGGCAUUCACGUCAUGAUUACUGGCUUCUUGCUGGCAUACUUGUUCAUGGCUAUUCUCGAUGGGCUGAUAUAUUAGCUGAUCCACGUUUUCGUAUUCUUAAUUUUGGAUUGUCAGGAGUUCUAAAGGGUAUGCAUAAGCUUAUGAAUGCUGAUUUAAGUUCACAUGGCACAUCAUCCGCUUCUCGUCAAACUCCUUCUGAAUCAACUGAAGCUCAAGCAUUCCUAUUAGAUCGCUUGAAAUUACUUGAACAAGCUUUAAUUGUCGAACAAACGUUGUACGAAGUCGCUGAAGCUGCUCUUAGUAGUACCACACACCAAAAUCAACUGGACCCAGUGCGUACUAGAAAUUUGGCUAUUUGUCUGUCUAAUAAAUUAAUCCAAACAGGAGCUCGUAAACGAAUUGCUUUACCUAAGGAUCCAAGGGCAAGAGAAGCUACACGUACAGUAGUACAAAAUCUACAAGAAUUAUUAGAAGAUAUGUACGCAGAUUUUCCUGGUAUGCCCGCUUCAGUAACAUUCACUGGAGACGAUGAAGCCAAUGGAAAAGAAAAAUUAAAAAUAAUAUCAAGUGGAAAUACAAAUAAUAUAGGUAUUACUAACAGUGGUCGUUCAUGUCAUUUACCAAAAACUGUUGGGGAAAAAACAGAAGUAAAUUUAUGCGACGAUGAUGAUAUUGAUAACACUGGUGAUAGUCGGCGUGAAAACGAUAAUAGUCAAGCACCUGUUGAUAAAAUAAUUUGUCCUGAUAUGGAAAAUUUUCAUCCAGAUAGUUUGAUACCUCGACCAGGAUCACUAAAACUCAGUAGCUCACCACAAUGUGAACAGGGGAUUUUUAUCGAAUUGUCUGAUGACGAGGAAGUUCCAAGUUCUAUUCCUGAUACCGACGGUGCUGCUGGUCAACAAGCAAACUGCAGUUACGACAAAACUAACAUACAAUCUAACAUUGGUGCUAAUAACGAUAAUGAUACUAGUGAACACUGUGCAUUACCUAUUCUACCGAACUCAAGGGAUGAUGAUCUGAUUCAUCCAAUUGAAUAA